AUGUCUUCCUCUCCUGGUAUCAAGCCCCGGGAGCAUGUGGACAUGAUGUACAUCUCCAUUGAGACAGCCAUCGCGCUGGCUUCUGUGCUGGGGAAUGUACUGGUGGUGCUGGUGGUGUGCGUGAACCGGGCUCUCCGCAACACCACCUUCUGCUUCAUCGUGUCUCUGGCUGUGGCUGACAUCGCAGUGGGAGUCUUGGUCAUUCCUCUGGCUAUCAUCAUCAGUCUGGGAUUUAACACUCAGUUCUACACCUGCCUCUUCCUCUCCUGCCUGCUGCUGAUCAUCACACAGAGCUCCAUUCUUUCCUUGCUGGCUAUAGCCAUCGACAGAUAUCUGCGGGUCAAGAUUCCCACCAGGUACAGCACCAUCGUGACCCAGGGGAGGGCAUACGUGGCAGUUUGUCUGUGCUGGAUCCUCUCAUUCCUCACUGGAUUGGUACCAAUGAUUGGUUGGAACAACCGCGAUGCUCAAGGAAACCUCAGCAGUUCCAGCGAGAUCGUCUGCGAGUUCACCACUGUCAUGAGGAUGGACUACAUGGUGUACUUUAAUUUCUUCGGCUGGGUGGUGGUACCACUGACCAUAAUGAUCAUUCUGUACGGGGAGAUCUUCAGGGUUAUCCGGCGGCAGCUUAACCGCCGUGCCGAGGCCACAUGUGAUGGAGACAGGUAUUAUCGGAAGGAGCUGAAGCUGGCCAAGUCACUGGCCUUGGUGGUCUUCCUCUUUCUGGUGUGUUGGCUGCCAAUACAUAUCAUGAACUGCAUCAACUUCUUUUGCCCAAAGUGUUACGUACCUAAGUUUGCUAUGUAUGUUGGGAUUUUCAUGUCCCAUGUGAACUCAGCCCUCAACCCCAUGGUGUAUGCGUUCAGGAUAAAGCGAUUUCGUGUCACACUGAUCCAAAUCACUCGCCGCUGCAUGUUAUGUAAACCUGCAGAGCCAACCCCAUGCCCCACCAGCACACCAGGCCUGACCGAGAAAGUGGAUGUAAACCUGUAA